UUUGUUUCAGCUGAUCAGUCCAAAGCCGAAACACUGAGCAACAGACACGCUCGGAGCCUGAGGAUGGAGUUUUUCAUAGGAAACCCUUUUUCUACACACGUGGGUCAACUUAUAGAACAUGCCACCAGUUCUUCUCUCCCGUCUGAAGACUGGGGCCUCAACAUGGAAAUUUGUGACAUUGUCAAUGAAACAGAUGAAGGACCUAAAGAUGCGGUCAGAGCGAUAAAGAAGAGGAUUCUGGGAAAUAGGAAUUUCAAAGAGGUUAUGUUGACUUUGAGUGUGUUGGAGGCCUGUGUGAAGAACUGCGGACACAGAUUCCACAUCUUCGUGUCCACCAGAGACUUUGUGGAGAAUGUUUUGGUCCAGACGAUCCUGCCUAAAAACAACGCCCCGGUGGUUCUUCAGGACAGAGUCUUGAGUAUGAUACAGGCGUGGUCCGAUGCCUUUCGUAGUUCUCCAGAUUUGACCGGUGUCGUGACCAUCUAUGAGGAUCUCAGGAGAAAAGGCGUUGAGUUUCCCAUGACUGAACUUAGUUGCUGUUCCCCUAUACACACUCCCAACAGGACCAUUGAGUCAGCGUGUCCAGUAACAGCUCACACAGAAAGUCACUCCGUCACAUCCUCACAGCCACAGAAUACAGAGACGCCCAUCACACUGUCACCUCAACAGAUGAAAACGCUGACGACUGAGCUGGAGGUGGUGCGUAAUAAUAUAUCCGUGAUGUCAGACAUGAUGAGACAGAUGGAGCCUGCGAGUCUUGAGCCAUCAGACACAGAGCUGCUACAGCAGCUCUACUCCAUGACCAAAGAUAUGCAGGGCCGCAUGGUGGAGCUCAUACCCAGACUGAGCGAUGAGAAGCUUAUAGAGCAGCUACUCUGUUCCAAUGACGACGUUAACACCACGUUUGCACAGUAUCACAGAUAUGAAAGACAUCUCAAUAGACAGGGUAGUGCACAAUUGAAUCCAGCUGACACAAAUCUUAUUGAUUUGGGAACUUCAAACCAAUCAAAUGCAGCCAAUGGUGCUCAUAGCACAAUCAGCCAGUCAGCAGUCACCACACUAUCCAAUCAGAUGGCAGGACUCAGCACAAAAGCUGAGGAUUUAAAACUAAGUAAAAGCAGCUCAUCACAGAAAAGUCCAGAAUGCUCUGCAGGUCCAGAGGGACAUGCAGCCAGUCAAAGAGGGAGACAGGACACUGGGGUGGAUGACAGCCUAGACUCCACCCCCCUUGGCAGCUCGCCUCAGUUUCAUUGGAUGCUUGAAAAGGGAAUGAUUCCUGUCAAUCAGAGUGAAGUGAUGGAUGACAUUGAACAAUGGCUGGAUGUAGAUGAUGAAGAUGAUUCUGAAGGAGUGACUAGUGAAGAGUUUGAUAAGUUCUUAGCAGAAAGAGCGAAAGCAGCGGAGCGUCUUCCUUCAGUAAAAGCAUCACAGCACGAUCCUGGCCGUUCACAACUGUAGUUUGAUUUUCUCUACAAAACCCUGUUCAUAACGUCCAACAUUUGUUUUUCAGUUGAUUAACCAUGUGUUCACUUUUCACUUUAUUUAUAGUCAUUUGGUUGAUUUCUAACCAUGUAAUGUCUUUAUCAAACUGUAUAAGUCUAAAAAUUAGGUGUGGGAUUUGGAGAUGUUUCACAUUAACACAUUUAUUUUAUUUUAUUUUUUUUUGCAGAUGUGUAACCAUAUGAAAUAUUUUUAUAACCAGAUAUUAAUUUCUUUAGUACAAUCUAUUGUAGCGGUAAUUUCAUCUUUUAUUGGAGAAAGGCUCCACGGUGACACAUUUUAGCGAUCUUUAUUAAAGAUCUUGAUUGUUGAAGUUAAAGCCAUUGUAUGUAUAUACACUAAAUAUAUUAUAUUAGGCUGUUUUGAAGGAAAGAAGUGGAUUUUACAGAGAAACAGUUUGUGGGUUUAUGUUUCUUUGUCAUCAGUUUCAACUUUACGGUUCUGGAAAGUGGAAAUUAAAAAAGAAAAAAUAUAUAAAAAAGGCACAAAACAACUGUUUUGAAGUGUGCUUUAGAAAUAAAGAAAAUAAACUUGGAAAUUACAGUGAAAGUGGUUUGUCUGCAGGCUUCUGUGUGUCUCUAGUAUGAGUGUAAUAUGUACAACCUUAUACAGGUGCUGGUCAUAUAAU